AUGGAUUCAGAGUACAGCUACGACGAAGGGUCUGAAACAUGGCCAUACUUCGUAUUGGCUUUGUUAGUGUUUGCCUUGUUGCCUGUUACGGCGGUCUAUUUAUGGGGAGCCGCAGGAUUUGGUGCUCCAACCAAGAAACGUAUCAGAGGAUCUAUUGAACACAACCACAAGACCUUGAAAUUGCAUCACGCCGACGCAAUUGACAAGUUCCACUCCCGCGUGAAGUCUGAUAGAAUUUUCAAUAAGAAAUUGUUGUUUGUGGUUAUCGGCUGGGGCCUUGUGGCCCUCAUCUGGAGAUCUUUUGCUAAGGAAGUGAGCUUGCAAGGCUUCUUCGACCCCCACACUAUCUUAGACUUGCCCUACAGUGCUACGGAUAAGGAGAUUAAGUCCAAGUACAAGAAGUUGUCUUUGAUCUAUCACCCCGAUAAGCUUGUGAAGUACGCAGAGGAUGUUAGGAAGGAAAUGGAGGGCCAGUUUCUCCGUAUGAACCAGGCGUACAGAGCCUUGACUGAUGAAGUCACCAUGGAAAACAUCAAGAAGUACGGCCACCCCGACGGCCAACAGCAGAUCACCCACGGUAUCGCUAUUCCCAAGUUCUUGGUGGAGGGCAAAUACUCCCCUAUCAUGAUUAUCUUCUACUUUUUGUUAAUUGGUGUUUUCUUGCCACUCAUUGUGGGCACCUGGUGGAAUAAUGUCAAGACUCACACAAAGGGUGGCUUGCACGUUGAUACCGCUGCUCUCUUCGUACGCAGAUUGGCCGACAAGAACCCAGGAAGAGUGUUCACUGCAUUCGACAUUUUGGAAUGGAUUCUUCAGUCCCACGAGAUCACAAGAAGCUACUCCAAUUUGACAUUUGAGCAGCUCAAGUCCAUCGUUGUCAAUCACAUUAACCGUGAGCCCCAUGUUUCUGGUGACCUUCUUUUGGAAGCUGAAAAGUUGAAUCUCAUUGCUCUGCUCCCAACUCUUAUUGAGGGCUUCAUUGAAAUUGCAAUUGCUUUCAGACAUCACGAUGUGAUCACCGCUGCUUACGACUUGCUCAGAGCAAUUUACCAGGCCUCCUCACCAGUAGGAAAACACAGAGAAUUGUUGCAGCUCCCAUUCGUCGACAAGGAAACCAUUGAGUCACAGCCAAUCAAAAAGAUUGGUAAGUUACUCACUUUGCCAAAGGAAGAGGCUGGUAAGGUUCUUGGUAUUACCGAUAAUGACAAGCUCGACAUAGCGCUUGACGUUGCCGCUCACGUUCCUUUCAUCAGAGUGCUUGAUGCAUCCUUCAGGGUUCCUGGCGAAGAUAUCGUUCCACCCAACUCGACAACUCAUUUAGUGAUUAACUUUUUGAUCAAGUCCCAAAGACUAAAAUCAUGCCCUGAGAUUCCCGAGGAACGCUUUCUCGAGGUUGAAGAUAUCGAGGACUUAAAAAACCCCUUGAGAUCCAACGAUGCUCAGCCUGAAUUACCUCACGCAUACGCUCCUUAUUUCCCUAAACUCGUUGCAAAUCAAUGGGAUGGCUACAUUGUUGGCCAGAGGGACAACAAGUUCGUUGAAGGCACCACUGCUGCUCCUUUGCAGAGAGUUGACUUGAGCAACUUGGAACUUACUCAGGAGCAGUGGAUUGAAGGCAAAGAGGACACUGUUACUCUCAGCUCUUUCAAGAUCAAGUUGGCGGUGCCAGCUCCUCCAUCCAAGGGUACCUUCCAUUUCAGAUUGCUCUUGAAGAAUAAUGCAUACUUCGGCAACGAUGUCGAUAUUCCAUUGGAAAUGAAGGUUCUGGACCCACCUAUUAAUGUCGAGGCCGUCAAGAAGGCCGCAAGAGCUUUCGGUGGAGGCGAUGACGAUGAUGAAGACGAGGACUCCGACAGUGAUAUCUCUGACCCUGAAGAGGACUCGUUAGCCGGAGCAUUGGCUGCUCUCAGGGGCGAGGCUGUCAAAAAGGUUGCCAAUCAAGAGGAAGAGGAGGAGGAGGAUGAUGACAACGAGAGUGUUUUCACCGACAUCAACACCGACACUGAGGAUGAGGGUGAGAAGUAG